UUGCUGGCUGGCCGAACACCACCAUGCGCACUCCGGCAGGCCUCCUCCACUCAGCCAUCGCUGACACCCCAUCUCCGGCUGGUGCUUUGCCUCUCCUGCUCCCUGCUCAUGGAGAGGAGCAGCAACAGCAGCAGGCCAUCUCAGUGGACUCCGACACGGUGGUCAUCCUGGCGUCCCUCCUCUGCGCCCUCAUCUGCGUGGCCGGCCUUGCGCUCGUCGCCCGGUGCGCCUGCCGCAGAGGAGGAGGAGGAGGAGGAGGAGGAGGAGUGGCGGCAGCGGGCGGUGGCAACAGCUCUGGCGGCAGGCCGUCCGCCCAGCCACCCAGGGGACUGGAGAAGGCGGCCAUCGAGGCGCUGCCCACCGUCUCCGUCUCUUCUUCUCCGAAUCUGAAUAACCUGAUGAAAGGAAGGACAAGAGAGGAGGAGUGCGCCAUCUGCCUGGCGCCGUUCACGGAGGGAGACCAGCUCCGUGUGCUGCCGCGCUGCGCCCACGGCUUCCACGCCGCCUGCAUCGAUACCUGGCUCGCCGCCCACGCCAGCUGCCCCUCCUGCCGCGCCACCAUCGUCUCCGUCGUCUCGCCGCUGUGCCGGAGGUGCGGGGCAGCCUGCUGCGACGCCAUGGCAGCACCGCAGCCUGCUACUGCUGCGGCCUGGCUUACUCCUUGGCCGAUCGAUGGAGCGAGCUUGUCAUCAUCCGCAACAUCUAUCCACUGAUCGAUGCAUGGCCGGCAAAGGAAAUGCCCAAGGAAUGAAGAUCAUGCAUCCACGUCUUGGACUUGGAUCCCAUCCCAUCCCAUCCCUGGAAAUGAUGCCAUUCAUUUCAUUGGAUACAAUACAAUACAAGCAAGCACGUAAUCAACCCAACCCGCAUAUAUAUAUAUAUAUCAUGUAGAAACUGCCUGUCCAGUUUCAUACCACUCGAUCGUAUAAUCUGCACGUCCAGCGCAGGAACUGGAACAUGGCAUCGACCAUUCGUGGCUGCACUGCAGGCACUACAUACGUGAGCGCUUUUGACCUUUGUGUUCUACGGAGUACUCCCUCCACAGUCCAUCCCAUCGUUCUCACUC